AUGAUGUCAACCAAUUGGAAACUCCUUGUAGCCAGCACAAUUUCUGGUCUCUUCCUCGAUGCAUCCACAGCUACUCUCGAUACAAACGGCCUUAAAUUGCUACUUUCCCCACAAGCAACAAUUGUCGACACUACUUCUGGAGCUCCACGAUGGAGUGAUUUCGAUGCCCCAACCCCUGGCGCUGUGGUCAACGUAGCCAGCGAAAAUGAUGUUUUAGUGACAGUUCAAUAUUGCAUUGCAGAGAACAUUCCAUUCCUUGCCCAGAGUGGUGGACACGGCUGGUCUACAACACUCGACUUAAAUCAAAACGGCAUACUCAUCAAUUUGGCCGGCACCAAAUCUAUCUCUUUCAACUCCGACAAAACGGAAAUCACCUUCCAGGGCGGUGCUUUGAUAUCUGAUGUGGUCAAUGCCUCGUAUGCAAACAGUGCUCUAGUCCCUACUGGUACUUGUAACUGCGUUGGCACACUUGGAGCUGUCCUGGGUGGAGGUUUUGGAAACUUAAUCGGCCUGUAUGGCUUUGGAGUAGAUAACCUUCUCUCCUUAAACGUAGUCACAUCGUUCGGAACUGCAAUUACUGUUUCCCCAACGAGUAACCCAGAUCUUUGGUGGGCAAUGCGCGGAGCAGGUCCUAACUUUGGAAUUGUUACGUCCGCGGUGAUGAAGUCAUACCCUGUGGACUCCAGCAAGUUAACCGCAUGGACAGGCCCGUUAAUAUUUACCGGUAAUCAACUCACGGCUCUCAUAGAAGCACUAGAUGAACUUGUCUUGCAGCCUGAGAUGAGUAUAGCAAUGUUUUUUCUGAUGUCUAACAACUCGCCUAUCAUAUUGUUGACAGUAUUCUAUUACGGAACGGAAGCAGCAGGCAAAGAAGCUUAUGCUCCAAUCUACGCCGUUGGUCCCAUUGUCGACGAAACUGCAAUUUUGCCCUAUGACGAAUGGAACGCAGGAGGUGACGCCUUCUGUGCAAAAGGAGAUUCCAAGCCUUCUUGGGGCACCGGGCUUGCAGAAUUAGAUACCACCGCAUGGACAUCCGUAUGGAACGAAUGGCUUGCUUUUGCCCAACUACCUGGGGCAAACAAUAGUGCGAUGAUAUUGGAUAUGUAUUCUUUGGAGAAGGCUAGAACGAUUGAGGACUCGUCAUCUGCCUACCCCUUCCGCUCCACCGUGAAUUUCAAUGCUAUCGCUACAGCAUGGUACUCGGACCCUGCCCUGGACGCGGCCGCGGAAACUUUCGGCUCGAAUGUUCGGGACGUACUGCGAUCGACGUCUGGUCUUUGUACCAAUAGCACGUACAUUAACAAUGGCUUUGGCGAUGAAAGCUUAAGUGUUGUAUAUGGUGACAAUUUGGGUGCACUCAAGAGGAUCAAAGAACGUUAUGAUCCGUUGGGUAAAUUUUCUCACUGGUAUCCCCUUAAGUAA